AUGGUUUUCUACCCUCAACCUUGGGUACCCCAACUCCCUGAGGUCCCAGACACUGUCCCGAUAUGCGAUUUUAUGCUUGAUGAACAAUAUGGCCGACGACCAUACUCUGAAUCCUUGGAUGCCUACACCUGUGGUUUAAGUGGGAAGUCAAUAACAGCACGACAACAGAAGGAAAAUGUUGAUAAAUUGUCUCGAGCAUUGGCCAAAGAAUUUGGCUGGAGAGUCAACGAGGGUACUGAAUAUGAUAAAGUCGUGGGUGUCUUUGCGCUCAAUACGAUCGACAUCAUGACCUUGUCCUGGGCCAUUCAUCGAAUCAACGGUGUAUCUUCUCCUGCCAACGCUGCAUAUAAUGCGGACGAAUUGCGACAUCAGCUUACGAACUCGGGAGCCAAAGUUCUCUUCACUGUCAUGCCCUUGCUCCCCGUCGCACUGGAAGCCGCCGCCAAAUCCAACAUUUCAAGAAAAAACGUCUAUAUCUGUGAAAUGCCCAAUGAUCCACCAAUUCCGAAGGAAUUCAAGACUCUGGCUCAAUUGACCAAGGAAGGUGAAUCAUUACCAGAGCUCGAACCUAUCAAAUGGAGUCGGGGUCAAGGUGCAAGGCAAACCGCAUUCUUGUGUUACUCCAGUGGAACGUCUGGCUUACCUAAAGGAGUCAUGAUCUCCCAUCGGAACGUGAUCGCCAACACAAUUCAAAUCUCAACAUACGAUCAACCCGAUCGCGAGGCAAUUGCCCCUGGUUAUCGGGACGUUGCACUCGGUUUGCUUCCACAAUCGCACAUUUACGCCUUGAUCGUGGUCUGUCACUCUUCCACCUACAGGGGUGAUCGAGUCGUUAUUCUUCCCAAAUUUGAUAUCCAGAAUUAUCUCAAUUCCAUCCAGACAUACAAGGUCAACACUCUGUAUAUUGUACCGCCGAUCAUUAUCGCCAUGGUCAAGAACAAGCAAAUCCUCGACAAAUUCGACUUGUCUAGUGUCAAAACGAUAUUCACCGGAGCCGCUCCCCUAGGGAAGGAAACUGCGGAGGAAUUGUCAUCCCAAUAUCCCACAUGGACUGUUCGACAAGGCUAUGGUCUUACCGAGACAUGCACGGUCGUCUGCUCGUCCACUCCGAGAGAUAUCUGGUUCGGAUCUUCAGGAUGUUUGGUUCCUGGCUACGAAGCCAAAAUCAUGAGCCCCGAAGGAAAUGAGAUUACCGAAUACAAUCAACCUGGUGAAUUGCUCGUAAAAUCACCCAGCGUCGUCCUGGGGUACUUAAAGAACGAAAAAGCGACCAAGGAGACCUUUGUGGAUAUGCCAGAGGGAAGAUUCAUGCGGACGGGAGACGAGGUCGAAAUCCGCAAGUCUCCCAAGGGUAAUGAACAUAUCUGGGUUGUGGACCGUAUAAAGGAAUUGAUCAAGGUUAAGGGUCACCAAGUCGCGCCCGCAGAGCUCGAGGCCUGCUUGCUCAACCACCCCGCCGUGGCCGACUGUGCCGUGAUCCCCGUCCCAGACGAUCGGGCCGGCGAGGUGCCCAAGGCAUUUGUCGUCAAAUCAAAAUCCAUAGGACUGGAAGAGAGCGAUGCCAUGGUCAAGCGCGAUAUCGCCAAGUUCGUCGAGAGGGAAAAGGCCCGGCACAAAUGGCUUGCCGGCGGCAUCGAGUUCAUCGAUGCCAUCCCCAAGAGUCCCUCGGGCAAGAUUCUGAGGCGUCUGCUGAGAGACAGGGAAAGGGAGGCGAGGAAGAAGGCCGGCGCAAGACUGUAG